AUGGCUCAAGUACCUGGUGGGCUCGCAAAUCCUGCUCAACUCGCGGCAUUUCUUGCUGCUGCAGCGGUUAUGGCUCCGGCUGCCAAUGCGCCCGCUGUUCCGCCGGCACAAGGUCCGCCGGCACAAUUGGCGCAGGGUGCGGCGCCCGAUCAGGCCAAUAUAAUAGCGCAAAUGAUGCAGGCCGCGCUUCAGUCUCAACAAGCUCACGCGCAACCCGCGCCGUGGGCUGGACUCGCUCAACUCUCUCAGCCCCAGCCGGCGCAACAGGCACAACCAGCACUGGAGCAACCUCAGCCAUGUGAUAAUGUACAUGAGCAAGUGGAACUCGAGUACCGGAACGCGCGCUCGGCGCAACUCGACAAGACACUGGCGCUGUUCAUGCGAGCUGCACAGAGUUCGAACAUGACGCGAUACGCAAUAUUGCAGGAUAUGAAUGGCCGACAUGGGCACUCCGCCGAGUGGUGGCGCACCUACUACCUCAUAUUUGCCGACGAUAUAGACCGUUUCGUAAAGGCAGGAACGGAUGGUACCGAUACUGGAAGUCAUUCUUCAGCUACUUCUCGCAAGACGAUCAGUCACCCCGGCACAUUGCGGCCGGUCUUGUUCCCCUCUGUUUCCUCUUCGCCAUCUUCUUCGCGAAAGCGCAAGGCCCCACUUUUGUCUCAUUCGCCCGACGAGUCCGAUCCCGAAGACGGCGGUGAUGUUCGAUCCCAUCCUUCGGCUCGCAGGAUAUCACGUCGCUUACUAGACGAGGAUGAGGAUGACACCUCUCUUGAUCAACCUCACGCCGAGGCAACUCCCUCGCAGCGAUACGUCAUACCUGAUUCUUUGCCCGAACACCAACCUACGGCUCCGACGAAUACAUCAUGUGUCAACGGUCGCACGGCUUUCACGGAGGAAGACAUUGCAUAUUUUGUACAUAUGAUUCUAUGGCACGUCAAGAAUAACCCCAGCGUGGGCAAGAGGGCUAUAAUGGCUGAUAUUUGUAGGCAGGCAACUCACCAUUCUGAACAGUCUUGGCUCUCGUUCUGGACCCGCGUCAAAGGCCGUAAGAUCUUGACGGAGGGACAGCGUAUGGCUGCUCUUGCGAGGUUGAAUAGUACCAAGCCAGAGCCAUAG